AUGGCGCAGGCCAUAAUAAUUAAUACACAGUCAGACAUAGGACAGGAGCUGCAAACCGUGAUCAACAUCGCGUACUGCGCGCUGGCGCUGUUCGGGCUGGCGCUGCAGCGCGCGGUGUUCGGGCGGCUGCGCGUGGGCGAGGCGCAGCGGCUCAAGGACAAGCUGUGGAACUUCGUGUUCUACAAGUUCAUCUUCGUGUUCGGCGUCGUCAACGUGCAGUACAUGGACGAGGUGCUGCUGUGGUGCGCCUGGUUCACGGCCGUCGGCUUCCUGCACCUGCUGGGCCAGCUCUGCAAGGACAGGUUCGACUAUCUGUCGUCAUCGCCCAACACGGGCAAGUGGGCGCACGCGCGGCUGCUGGCGCUGCUGGGCGGCAUCCACGUGGCGUGCGGCGCGCUGCUGGCGGCCGCCGCGGCCUGGGGGCUGCCCGCCGGCCGCGACACCUUCGCCUUCAUGUGCGCGGAGUGCUUGCUGGUGCUGACGAGCGCGCUGCACGUGGUGGCGCGGUACGCGCUGCAGGCCGCCGGCGCCGACGCGGCCGGCCCGCUCGCCUACUACACGCACCUCGUCUUCGACGCGACGUCGCUGGUGGUGGAGCUGGCGCACGUGGCGCACAUGGUGGUGUCCAGCAACAUGCUGGUGUCGCUGGCGUCGCUGGUGCUGCUGCUGCAGCUGCGGCACCUGCUGCACGAGCUGCAGGCGCGCGUGCGCCGCCACCGCCUCUACGCCGCGCUGGCGCACCACAUGCACGCCAAUUACCCAAUGGCGAGCAAGGAAGAAGUGGAGAAGAACCAGGACAACUGCGCCAUCUGCUGGGAGCCCAUGAAGGAGGCGCGUAAGCUGCCCUGCUCGCAUCUCUUCCACAAGUAA